AUGACUUCCCUCAACAUCGACGUCAACGAUAUCCCCGACCUCACCGGAAAACGAGUCAUCCUCACCGGUGGUUCAUCGGGCAUCGGGCUGGCCGCAGCAACGAUCUUUGCACAAAAGGGCGCUACGGUUCUGGAUCUCGAUAUCAACCCGCCCCCAGCAGAUACCCAUAGCAACAUUGAGUAUUACCCAUGCGAUGUUUCCAAAUGGAGUGAUCUGAAGCAUGCGUUCCAUCACGCCGGCGACAUCGACAUUGCGGUGUCGAAUGCCGGGGUGUCCGAAGAGGCCGACUACUUCGCCGACACGUUCGACGAUAAUAACGAACUGCUGGAGCCGAGCUACGGCGUGUUGGACGUCAACUUGCGCGCUGCCCUCAACUUUACCAAGCUGGCGUUGAGCCACUUCAGACGCCGCAAAUGUCCUGGUAGCAUUGUCAUCACGUCUAGUGCGACUGCCUAUGCACCGGAGCAGUCGUUGCCGGUGUACGGCGCCUCCAAGUUCGCUCUUAUCGGGCUCAUACGAGCACUCCGUUCCGCCAUCCGCACCGAAGACAUCACCAUCAACAGCGUGGCCCCCGCCGCGACCAUCACAGCGCUGUUGCCAAGUAAUCUGGCUGCGCCGAUUAUGGAAGCAGGGCUCCCAGUGAGUACGGCCGAAUUUGUCGGGCUGGCAGUAGUGUAUUCGGCUGUGGCGCGCCAAAAGCGGUUGGUCGAGCAGUAUGGAAAAGACAGCGGAGACGACCAUGAAUCCCGGUGGAAUGGUCGCACCAUCCUGACGCUGGGGGAUCGGUAUACUGAGCUGGAGGAGCCGAUUGCAGCUUUGAGACGGCAGUGGUUUGGAGAGGCGAAUACGCGAUUGACGAGGUUGCAGCAAACGGCUACGGACUUUCGGAGUAUUUGA